AUGGUCGCGGGAAACAUCUCGGCCAUGCAGUUGGAGAAGGUAGUCAACAGACAUGAACCCCUGGUUCCGGCUACCCUUCGCAGCAACAAUCAGCUAUCAUGUCAUCGACCUCAAAAGACUGGUGAUGCUCCUCAGUGUGUGAAGACUUGUCAGCCAUGCCACAAGGAUAAGUCAGAUCAUUCAUCACAGACGGGACCCUUGCAGCCAUUACAUGUCCCACAGAGACCAUGGGAAAGUGUUUCCCUCAGAUUCAUCACGGGAUUGCCCCAAGUCGGUAAUCUUGCAUCCAUCUUGGUUGUCAUAGAUCAGUGCUUUGGGUCGACAUUGAGUCACAACUCAGACAUACAUCCACCAUCGGAUGUCCAGACAGACCAGUUCAAUGACAUGCUGGAGGAAUAUCUCCGCAACUUUGCAACCGGUUGGGUGAAGCUCUUGGAUGCUGCUCAACUGUGUUUCAAUUCUCAAAAGAUCCAUCAUCCAAACAAAAGCCCUUUUGAAAUUGUUACAGUACAACAACCGCUUCUCCCGCAAACGGUGAAUGCAUCAACCAUGCCGAAAUCUCCUCGAGCUGCCAACUACUCGAGCGAAUGGGAGCGCAACAUGGGGAUAGUACGGAGCUAUCUCGUCAAAGCCCAAGAGCGGGCAAAAAGGUUCACCGAACAUAAUCUUUGUUUUGCCCAUCAUCAAGCAGGGGACAAAGUAAUGCUAUGCAUCCCAAAGCGAUACUUGUUUGCAGAGAGGACCCAUGACCCUCGCCUGCAACAAAAAUACAUCGGCCCCCUGCCCAUUGAAAAACGCAUUGGGAAGUCCACAUACCAGGUGAAAACCCCAUCCUGGUGGAAAAUUCAUCCAGUCUUUCAUGUCAGCCGCAUGAAAUCAUUGCAUCGCUAUCAAAGCAAACUCAAAGAACAGAGGGGCGCAUACCUCCCAACCAUCAACCACCAGAACAAUCAUCAUCAUCAUUAUCAUCAUCCUAACAUGGCUCCGAGGACGGUGCCAACACAGGUGCCUCUGUCGCCCUACCGAUGCCUCUCGCCAGCGCACAGCGGCUGGCCAAUGACAACAGCGCCGUGCACGUAG